AUGAAGGUCCUUGCUCUCCUCUCCCUCCUCGGUGUUGUCGCUGCAUUCGCUCCUGCCCAACAAGGACGUGCCGUCACUGCCCAAAACGCCUUGUUCGAUGAUAUCUUCGGCAUGGAUCUUUUCGCACCAAAGAAGGACCAAAACGACUACGGAGCCCGCAACAAGAAGAAGCUUGUUCAAGGAAAGAUCGGAGCUGGAUCUUAUGUUCCAGCAGGACUUACCGCCGCUGAAUACCAAAAGAUCCGUGACGCAGAGGACAAGAAGAAGAAGGCCAACUACGACCGCAACGUCAAGAAGGCCGGAGUCUUUGAAGAUUACACUGAAUUCUACAUGAAGCGUGGAACCGACAGCAGCCAAAAGUGGAAGAAGUCUGCCACCCUUGGACACAGAAUGGCCAAGACCAAGUACGACUUUGACUCUGUCGCCAAGGACGGAAAGAAGUACGACGGUGCCAGAAAGUAA